UUGUUUCGGGAAUGUUGCAUUGAAAGUGGAUAAUACUGCAUUGAUUCGAUCACAAUUGCCACAGUAAAGGGAAACAGGGAAAACUCUAGAAUGUUGAGAAAUUCAAUCUCGUGCUUCUUUUUCUCAGGGAGCUGAUAUUUCUUCUGCACUUUCCGCGUCAGUCCCCACAUUGCUCAACCACAACUGUCACGUGCAAUAGAUCAGUCUGAGGAACUUUCAUUUACAGGAAAUCACCAAGCGAAAGACAUCAACAUGGGAGUUGGAGUUGGAAUUGGUGGAUUCAUUACAUUCUUGACUUUAGCCUCUUGUUUUGGAGACAUUACAAAGGUUGACACCAGUGGGGCCUCAGAGAUAACCGCUAGACAAGACAAGCUAACUGUCCAAGGGGUGGAUGCCUCUCAUAAACUGGCUGAGCAUGACCUGGUGAGGAUGAACAAGUACAAGAAGCUCAUCACCAGGGUGGGGCAGAAGCAUGGCCUGGACCCAGCUAUCAUCGCUGGCAUCAUCUCCAGAGAGUCCCGGGCUGGGGCAGUGCUGGACCAUGGCUGGGGAGAUCAUGGAAAUGGCUUUGGGCUCAUGCAGGUUGACAAGCGCUACCACAAGAUAGUGGGGACAUGGGACAGUGAGGAGCAUAUCAGUCAAGGCAGUGAGAUUCUCAAUGAGUUUAUCCGAAGGAUCCAGGCUAAAUUCCCUGCGUGGCCCAAGGAGCACCAGCUGAAAGGGGGAAUUUCAGCCUACAAUGCUGGGGACAAAAAUGUCCGCACCUAUGAGCGAAUGGAUGUGGGCACCACUGGGGGUGACUAUUCCAAUGAUGUUGUUGCCAGAUCUCAAUGGUUCAAAAGACAGGGUUAUUGAAGACUCUCUUCAUUAUAUACUCCAGUCUUUGAUUCUACCUAUGGUGAAAAUAUUCAGUACGUGUUUUGGAAUAAAUCUAAGCAAUAAAAUGACUUCUCUGAAUAAAUCAAAGCAGUAAAAUGUCUUCUAUUUUCUGAAUAAAUCAAAGCAGUGAAAUACAUUCUAUUUUCUAAAUACAUUAAAUGAAAUGUCAUUGUGUG